AUUCUAACAAUCCCUUUAUUACAUCACAGCUAGGAUAUAAUAAUAAAUAGUAUUGUGACAUCACAAUAUGUUCCGUCGUUGUUUCGGUUGCCUCUUCUGCAAGGGCACCGACGACACCCAACAAAAUGCCCCCGCCCAGGCCCCAAACAUGCAUAUGUCAUCUAUGCCUUACGCACAAGGCGUGCAAAACCAGGCAAUGGCACCAGCUUUCCAAACAACUAUACAUAACAACCCAACGUCCCCAAUCUCCAUGCAACCUCCCCCAGGGUCGUUGAAAUACGUUGCUAUGUACGACUACGAUGCAAGGACACACGAAGAUCUUUCCUUCCGAAAAGGGGAAACACUUUUCAUUUUGAACAAUGAAGGAGAUUGGUGGCAAGCACGAUCAGCAGCGAGCGGACAAGAAGGUUAUGUGCCAAGUAACUAUGUGGCUCCUGCUGGGGGGCUGGACUGUGAAGAAUGGUUCUUCGGCAAGAUCAGCCGCAAGGAAUGUGAACGAAAACUAAUCCAACAUCGAACUCCAAGAGGAACCUUUAUGAUAAGAGAGAGCGAGACAGCUCCUGGCACCUACUCCCUCUCCAUAACCGACCAAGACCAAGGGAAAGGUUCAACAGUGAAGCAUUAUCGCAUCAGACAAUUAGACAAUGGUGGUUAUUACAUCACAACUCGAGCUCAGUUCCAGGACUUGGUUGGCCUCAUCAGUCAUUAUCAAAACUCGGCGGACGGUUUAUGUUGUCGUCUCACCAACCCGUGCCCCAAGAAUGAGAAACCGGAGACCUCGGGCAUCGCACCCGACGUUUGGGAGAUCGAUCGCGAACAACUUACACUACAGAAGAAACUUGGAGCUGGGAUGUUCGGGGAAGUAUGGAAAGGUUUAUGGAACAGCACUACUGAGGUUGCUAUCAAGACACUGAAACCCGGCACCAUGUCCCCUGAAGCUUUCUUGGAAGAAGCAAAGAUUAUGAAGAUGUUGAGACAUGAGAAACUUGUCAAUCUAUACGCUGUGGUAUCUUGCGAACCGAUAUACAUCGUAACUGAGUUCAUGUGCCAUGGAAGUUUGCUUGAUUAUCUUAAAGAUGGAGCAGGAAGGCAUUCAAACCUGGUAGAUCAGAUUGAUAUGGCUGCCCAGAUUGCAGCAGGCAUGGCAUUUAUUGAACGCAACAACUACAUCCAUCGUGAUGUGCGAGCUGCUAAUAUAUUGGUGGGGAAGAAUCAAGUUUGUAAAGUUGCCGACUUUGGGUUGGCUAGGUUGAUUGAGGAUGAUGAAUAUAAUGCACAACAAGGUUCCAAAUUCCCCAUUAAAUGGACGGCCCCUGAAGCAGCAACCCACGGAAGGUUCACAAUCAAAUCAGAUAUCUGGAGUUUUGGGAUCCUGCUCACUGAGAUUGUUACUAAAGGAAGGAUCCCUUAUCCAGGUAUGAUGAACAGAGAAGUGUUAGAAAGAGUGGAGACCGGCUACAGGAUGCCCAAACCCCCCAUCCAACCCCCACAACCCCCAUGCCCUGACUCCUUAUAUGAACUUAUGCUACAAUGCUGGCACCGAGAUGAUAUGCAAAGACCAACAUUUGAAUAUAUACAGGGUUUCCUUGAGGAUUAUUUCACAGCCACUGAACCACAUUAUCAAGAAUCUGGGGACGGAGCGUUUUAAACAAGCUGACAUUGUAGUGAUGCUCAAACUUAUUUCGAUGGUCAAACUUAUUUCGUUCCAAGGCAUUUGGAAAAGCUGACUUUGCGAAACUUAUUAACAAGAAAAUUAGUAAAUUGUCUCCAGCAUUUCUCUCUAUGUUUAUAUUUGUUAUAAAAGAUUCUGCUUCGUAUAAAUACGACGUAGCGUGCACUUGUUAAAAAGGCGCUGUUUGAGACCAACUGAUAUAUUGUGAUGUCACAAUUGCCCAUUCUCUCCCACAUAUAAGAGGAUUGUUAGUUUAUUAUGACCUAUCUAUGACACAUUAUGAUGAAACAAUCAACAUUGUCGCAUACUGCUUGCAUCAUAAUAGAUGAUUGUUACCAUAGGCGCCAAACCUGGGGUCGCAGGGUGGGCAGAACUUACCCUCUAAUUUUCUUCACUGCAUUAAUCAGUGAACAUUACAACCAAUAAGUUAGAUUUGUUUCACAGGAUUGUACGUCUAACUAUCCCUGCCUCCCCUGUGUAUGUAUAAGUUUGGCGACUAUGGUUAUUACCCAAAAUUGUUCAAGUAGAAAUCGCGUUUUUAUUAUUUUUGCCACUUUUUUAAUUAUUACUCAGUAAUUAGCGUUGAUUGACCCCGCCCUAUAUUAAGCCUUCACCAUGCUUUUAUUUUAUUUACAUUUUGUUCGUUUCCAGCACUUCAAAUAUUACAGGAUAAAGUGAGUCAUAGACAUCAUAUAUCGAUUUCAAAAUCAUAAAUUUUAGUAUUUUUACGUAAAAGUUUUUUUGAUUAAUUUCAUAAGUUGUAAAAAAUCCUAAUUUUUUUUGUAUUUUUUUGCAGGAAAUUGUCAGCCUGGUGUAAAUAUAAUUCUAUUCUUGUGCUGUUUUGAGUUGAAACCAUUUUAGAAAAUAUUAAAAGCCACUUAUUUACAGUUUUAAUGUUUUAGAUAUUUUUAUUCUUUUGUGGAAUAUAACAAGCAUAGACCAGUUUUGUUGCUGUUUCGUCGUUUUCAUCCCGAUUUUAUUUGAUUCUUCAUAUUAGGCGUACUGUAUGCUCAUGCAAACCAAUGCUCAAAUAAAAUAUUUUAAUGACA